AUGGAGAAUAUUAGCAGCUUGAUUCGUGAGGUUGACAACCUCUUGACCGGCACCACCGAAGAUGCCUUGAAGUCUUUCGGCUGUUUCCUGCAGAAUGAGAAUAUCGGCCAAGGCGAGCUUGCCAUAUGGGCAUUGGCAAAGCCCUGCCAGAUCGUCCCGCUGGCGAAACUGGUUAUCGACCUCAACCAAGAGCCCAGCAUCUUCAGAAGGCUAGCAGUAUUGCCCACCUUUGUCAAUACUGUCCUGGAGAUGGAUCCAUCUUGGAUAGAAGAUCGUCCCGACAGAACGGACACGGGUGCAGCCAGUAACCUGUCUCAACGCCACCGAUUCCAUUGUGCUGCUUUAGUGGCUCAUUAUACACUGAACAAGGAAGCUCUUCCUAUUUCGACUCAGCAGCUCGUACAAGAUGCAAUCGUCUCCGCGGCUGAGAGUCCAACUGAGGCAAACCUUCGUUGUCUCUCCGAUGUACUGAGUGCUCUUCCGGGCAACAUUCUGGAUUUCUUCACCGAGAAGUCACUGAGCAGACUAUCAACUCGGUGCAACGAUAUUUGUUCUGGAUCGACCAAGAGGGAAGAGUUUUCCAGGAUCAUGCUUGCGCAGGACCUACUGGCACAGGUAGCCGUCGCUUUUCAGACCCCUCAAAGUCCUUCGAAGAGUUCACUUGAGACACCACCAGGGGUCAAAUUCUCCGAGAAAUGCCGAAAACGCGUCUUCAAGCUCUUCUCUGGCUCUAACGCCUUGAGCGCGCUCAAACUAAUUGUUCUGUACUUGUCCGUGUUCUGUUCUGAUGACCCAGGGUCAUCGCCACUUCUUCCGCUUGAGGCGAUGAUAUUGGCACAGAGAAUCAUCGCGCCAAUCAGUGUGCCUGUUCGGCGGCAGUGGGUGGAAGAAUACCCACUCCUUAUCGAGAAAUUCCUUUCCAGAUUAAAUCGAGAAGCACUUGGUCUAAAUAUACGGCUCGAGGGUGUGAUGUUCUGCUUCUUGCUUUUCGGUGCAGAUAGUGAGAUGUCACUCGCCCUAAAGAAGGUAGCAAGUGCAGUACUUGUUGCUGUUUGUGAUCCUAAAUCCAGCUACGACAGCGCUGUAGCAACAGGAAACGACAAAGCCAUUGCAGAAAUUCUAGUCCGUUUGUGCUCUUCUAAGGCUAGUCCAAGUAGGACGUUACCUGGCAAAUCUGCAAUAGUGACACGGAUGUUGUCGUUUAUUGUGGAGCAGUGUCAGCCUUGGUGCUCGAAUGCAGUAAAUACCGCCCUCAAACUUUACCAAGCAAAACACGUCCUGAACUCUUUGCAUAGUGCUUCUAAUAGAUCUGGCAUCUUGCCAUGCAUUGUUGAUUUCAUUCAGCUUGGUUACGUGCCUGAUUGGUGGGGUUCAGAAGUCACAUUCCCGUUGUCAUUCCGAGACAGUGAGGUCGUGAACUGUAUUGGGGAGGAGGUCUGCUCAGAUUCUCUUGAGCGGCUACGUCUCGAACUAGCCACAAGUUUCUCCUCUCUCCUUCUAACAGCUGCCUGGCAUUCAGGCCGAUCACUCCAACAACCUGAAACCUGCCAAAGACUACUCAAUCGAUUGAAAGAAUCCUCCUCCGGGACGUCAGAUACGCUCUGCUCGUAUAGCGGCGAUCAAACCAUGGGCCUGGAAUACAAUGUGGCGUUGAUUGAGGCUCAGACUGAGUGUGAAGCUUUACGUGCCCGUCUACAGAAUGAAACCGCCCAGCGAAUCGGUCUUGAAGAACAGCUCGCACAGACAAAGAGGCUGCUGAAAGAAGAAAAGGAUGCGAGCAGUGCGCUCGAAAGUUAUCUGGAGACUGCUGAGCGGGAAUGUGCUGAUAUGGGAGACCGUCUUCGACAAUCUCGCGAAGAUUACACAGAGCUCUUGGCAGAUGCGGAUCGAAAGGUGCAAGCGGUGGAAACGAAGUACGUCGUAGAACAGGUAAACUACCGAGCAGAGUUGUUAGGACGAGAAAAGGAGCUGGAGAUCGAAUUAGAGGAGGUAGAGUUUGACCUGGAGCACAAAGAAGAGGAGCUUCAGCUCGAGAAACAGAAACGAGAGAACGUCGAGGCGGAGAUGAAGGCGGCGCUGGCACGAGCAGACGGACAGAUUGAGGAACUACGCUUGGCUGUGGCUGAGAAGGACAAGGCUUUGGGAGAAGCGGAAUCUCUGAGAAUGAGGCUCGUGGCACUUCUUGGAGGAAGAGUCGACUGA